UCUAUUAUUCAUGCUUAGUGUUAGGGAAACUAGAGAGAGCGUUUAGCAUUACGAUUUAUCAAGAGGGAGAAAAAGACCCCCCCCAGAAGAUAUCAGUGGAGGGAUACCGAAUGACAGUCGUCCAGGUAUUGGUAAAGCACUUGAGCGAGAGGGAUUGUCUGAAGUGGGGUUGAAGCAUGGGCUGUGCUUCAAGCAUUCAUAUCUCCGAUAGGGUGGUCUAUCAAAGUGGAAAGGAAUCGGACGAUUCCCAGCAGACCAAUGCCACUCCUGCCCCAGGACUUCUGAUCAAACCCAGCACUAUCAAGAACACAUUUACCCAGGUGCAGUUUGGACCAAUGAGGUUAUACGAAGAUCAUCUUGAGGUACUGUUAGUAUUUGCCAAAGAGGACAGCCAGAAUAAUGGGUUCUGCUGGGCGUGUGAGAAGGCCAACUUCAGGUGUAACGUGGCGAGGACGCCAGAGGCAGCGCUGGAGUGUUUCCAGGAAAAGCACCACGACCUCGUCAUCAUCGACCACAGACAUUCCAGAUACUUCGACGCUGAAUCACUAUGCCACAGCUGUUGGUCAAACCUCCCCUAUCUACAGUGGAGUCAGCCUCCCCCAUGGCCCAGCCACAGAGGUCAGGCCUCCACAUACGACCAGGCCUGGUCAGACGCCUCCCCACGCACGGCCCAGUGCAGGUCAGGCCUCUGCAUGGCCCAGUACCAGUUGAAGCCUCCCCACCUUGACCCAGUACCAGAGUCCAGACCUCCCCCAUGA